AUGUCAUCCCACUUAAGAUCGCUGCUGGUGUUCGGUGCAUCGUGCCCCACGGGCCAACAGAUUGUGGCCGAGGCCCUCCGGACCGGGUGGAAAGUUACCAUCUAUGGCCGUCGGACCCUGCCGAUCCACGCCCAGAACGCUGGGUUACACUUACAAAGAGACCAGACAUUAGAAGGCACACUCCAAGAUGAAGCCCAACUCCGUCGCGCGAUCCAGGGCCAAACAGUCAUCGUCUCCGUGCUGGGCCCGUCUGGAAUGACGAUAAAAGACACUCCGUUCCCGGACUUCUACCGCCGCAUCUUCCGGCUGAUGCGCGAGGCGCACGUCUCCCGCAUCCUCGCGCUGAGUAUUUUCAGCGUCCCCCACCCGCGGGACCGGUAUAGCCUCCCCUGCAGCCUGCUUGUGGGGAUGCUCCGGGUCCUAGGGCAUAGCGCAUGGAGGAACUUUAUCGAGGUGGCGAGGGCAUUUGACGAGGACGCUGAAGAUCUAGAGUGGAAGUUGUUUCGGGUCGGGUUUCUGAAGGAUCAGGGGCCAGGAUGGGUGGUGGAGGGUUACGUGGGUGACGGGGCGUUAGGGUUGGGGGUCAACCGGUGCGACGUGGCGCGGUGGGUGGUCGAGCAGGCGGCCCUGGAUCAGGCGGAGCAUGUGCGGGAUAAGCCGGGGAUCUCAUCCGCUUGA